CAAGCUUCCCCUCAGUACAAAAGGUGGGUGGUGUUCUGGCUGUGACCCGAUUGGCUUCCUGUAGAAUUGAGUGGUGGAACAGCCACAAACAUACCACUGAAAUGCCAGAAAUUCGUUCCAAUGACAGCGGUAGACAUAUUAGACUUUUUCUCUGGAAUGGCUUAUUACUUGGAAACCACAAGACAAUCGUGCUUUUGGAAGAGAGAUGACUCCUUGUCGGAUUGAUUUCCCUUCGGGUUUGCAUUUCCAGGUAUGGAUCUUCGGUGACGUGUGGUGCCGCGUGUGGCUGGCCGUCGACGUCUGGAUGUGCACCGCGUCGAUACUGAACCUGUGCGCGAUUUCGCUCGACCGCUACGUGGCCGUCACCCGUCCCGUCACCUACCCGAGCAUCAUGUCCACCGGGCGGGCCAAGUCGCUCAUCGCCGGGCUGUGGGUGUUGUCCUUUGUGAUCUGCUUCCCGCCGCUGGUCGGGUGGAAGGAGCAGAAAGUGAAAGAGAACCUAUUAUUACCGUAUGGAAAUCACACGCUGGCGUCAGUGUCACCGUCGCCAGUCACUUCCACCUCAUCGUAUUCAUCAUCGUCGUCGCCAUCAUUGUCGAUAUCAUCUUCGUCGUCGUCGUCUUCGCCGCCAUCAUCCGGGUCCGUGUCGUCGGCCUUCAGUAGCACCAUCACAACAACCAUCACCUCUUCGUCCUCCUCAUUCGCCGCCGGCGCCGACUGGGAUGGGCUGGGGAUGGGCGACGCGGCCCCCACCCCCAAUCCUCCCUGCCCGUGGACCUGCGAGCUGACAAACGACGCCGGUUACGUCGUCUACUCGGCGCUGGGGUCCUUCUACAUCCCCAUGUUCGUGAUGUUGUUCUUCUACUGGCGCAUCUACCGGGCCGCCGAGCGGACCACACGUGCCAUCAAUCAGGGAUUUAGGACCACCAAAGGUGGCAAAAAGAACAACAACUUCGACGACAGUCUGACGCUCCGGAUGCACCGCGGCAAAGGCGUCGGAGCCCUGAUGGCGUCCACCAUGCGCACGCACAACAUGCUCAUCGAAGGUUCGGCCGUACGGCCCACCAGCGUUAACAGCGCGUCCUCCACCGCCAACGCAAACCCCCAGAUCUCGAUAUCCUGCCCCAGUGGGAACACGUCCCAUCUGACCAGUCCCACCGUAUCGCUGGGGUCAUCGCUCCAGAUCAACCUGCCGUCGCAACACAACGGAGGCAGCAGUAGUGGCGGUAGCGGUGGCGGUUCCGGUUCCGUACGGUACCCUCCCAGCCGGCCCAACUCGCGGCGGAAAUCCGUCUUCAAGGAAGCCCCGGCCGGAAUCUCCCGGGACCUGUCGCCCAACUCGUCCAAGAAACUUGGCAAAAAGCACCUCAAAGUGCAGGUCAAGCGGUUUCGCAUGGAAACCAAAGCGGCCAAAACCCUUGCCAUAAUAGUAGGCGGCUUCAUCAUCUGCUGGCUGCCCUUUUUCACCAUGUACCUCAUCAGGGCCUUCUGCGAUGACUGCAUCAACGACACCCUGUUCUCGAUCCUCUUCUGGCUCGGGUACUGCAACUCGGCCGUCAACCCCUUCAUCUACGCUCUCUUCUCGCGUGACUUCCGGCAGGCCUUCAAACGGAUCAUCAUGCGGUGCUUCUGCUGGAAGCGCUUCAAGAUCAACCUCCUGAAGAAGUCCUCCACCACGCAGCAUACCAACAAUCACAGCUACAGCCCGUCGGCCUUCACUCCGCUGGCGUCCACGCCCCGGACCGAACUGGACAACACCGUGUUCAGAUGACGAUCCUUCAGCUCGCUGGAACCACCGACGCCACCGUACGGCUCCGCGAAGAAGUCCACGUCGCCGUCCGGAGCCGGGCCGGGCCUGUUUCGGUCCACUUCGGUGCGGGCACCACCAAGGGCAACGACGGAGACCCACCUGGCACGUCGUCCGACCGUGAUCGAGUACCAGCUGGGGGCGGGCGGUGGAGGAACAGCUCGGACGCAACGGGUCAUCGCCGAGGAGGAUCAGACGAUCGAGCAGGAUGACGAGCCUUCGUCGGUGGGGACCUUGGAUAGAAGCGGGAAAACGAUAACGAGCUUGUAAGGGUGGGUUGGGGCGGUAGACCAGGGGUGGUUGUUUAUAUUACUAGGGGUGACGAACAGGUUUUAGAGGGGGUCGAUGUGAGAAAUGAUGGAAAGGGAUUCUUCGAUGAAAGGUAAGUGAAAUCGUUGAGUCUACGCUUGUUUUACGGGACACUUCUUGAAAGCUGAAUGACACAAAGAGCGUUCGAUUUCUGUGAUGACACUAGAUUCCUUCACUGGAAACAUCCCAUAAAAAAUGGCUUAUUCCGUCUGUUCAGAACUGCUGGCAAUGGUAUCAACAAAUGGCUUUCGAGCUUCCAUGCGCAAUGUGCUGAUGUUAGCGUAGCGUAUACUUCGCAAUCCACUGUUUCGGACUUUGCUAGUAUUUCAGUCGAUUUCCAAUGGGAGAGCUUCUUCCUAGUCUGUCAAACAUCCAAUUGACGUGAUCUUUUGUUCGAAGACGGCUGAACUGACUUGGUGACCUUGAUGAACCCUUUAUUGCUGUGCUUGCUCUGAGGAGAUAGCGUUGUGCAGCACUCCUCACGAAAAUGCCAUGAGCUAGGCUUUAAUGAGGCCGAUGAUUGUCUGGUGAACACCCUUGCCACCUGAUUGGCUCCACUUGUUCGUUCCUGAUCUCCAGAUCUCAAGGUCUUCUUGGAGAGUGCAGAUCUCUAGCACUAGUUUUACAGGGUUGUUUUUCGGUAUUCUCACAACGUACCCUGGCCCAACAUAUUCUUCAAGCUUACGCCACUACCCGGGUGCAUGGUACGCCGUAGAGUUCAGAGAGCCCGUGAUUUAUUCUUUGCCGUCACACACCGUUCUUCUGUACACCGUUAAAGAUGGUCCUAAGCACUUGACGCUCGAACACUUCGAGUGCUUGUAUGUGCUCCUGGAGCAUAGUCCAAGUCUAGUGUCGGUAGAGAAUCACCAAUCUUGUCAGCGUCUUUAGGUGCAUUUGGUGUGGGGGUGAGUCUGUUCAACCCAAGGUUCAACCAUAGGUUCUUGUGGAACAGGUGGAAUCCACAGCAGGCCCAACUUCCACUAAUGAUGCGCCUUCGUAUUUCACGGCUAUAGUUGUUGUCUGCCAUUAAUGUGGUUCUGAGGGAGACGAAGUCCUCCAGCACCUCUAAAGUGUCCCGUCUAUCAUACACCUUGCCCUGUCGUUCGUGGUUCCUCCGGCUUAGGGACACACCGUCAAAAGACAAAACGGCGAAUGCCAAAACGUCGAAAGGUAUAAAUCGUUUGUACUUUCGACGUUUUGUCGUUCGGUGUUUUGUCUUUCGAUGUUUUGUCACUCAUUCGGUUCUUCCUGCUUAUCAUCAG